AUGCGGGGUCCUCUUGAGCCGGCCGAUGAUCUGCACGGCUUGCCGAAAGCAGAGAGGCGUCAUGUGCGGCUGCUUCUGACGAUUGAGGCGCUUUCGGAAGCCCACGAGCUCGCGAAGAGGGAACUUGAACGGCUGCCUCCCUCCACGGAGGAGAGCCCCCCGGUGGCGCCGGCCGGAGGAGCACCUCCGGCCGAGCCAGCGCGCAACACUGGACUAGCGGCUUUUGCCGAAAGGGCCUCUGCAGCGCUCCUCCACGCAGAGAACCCGUUGGCGCGCGGCUGGUUUUUUAGCUGCAUCUUUGGCCAGUGCAUGCACUUGGGGCCUCGUGCGUUGGAUUGCUGCAUGCGCCUGGCGCCUCCAGAAGCCGCCUCUUUCUCGGGCUUGGCGCUCGCAGCGUUGCAGCUGCUUGCAGCGGCAAAUGCUGCUGCGUGGCCUCUGCAGCUCGAGUCGCACAGGCUGCGCCUGCUGGCGGGGGAGGCUCCUCGCGUCUUUCGCCGCUGCUUCGCAGCUGCAGUCCCCAUGAGUGGGAGCCUCCCAAGCGGUGCAGUCUGCGGGAUUGCUAGCCACGAGCUUCUGGUGCUGCUACAGCGCCUCUGCAGCAGCCACACCUCCAGCAGCAGCACGGCCAGACAUGCGGAGCUCGUGCUGUGGGCCCUGCGGUGUCUGUACGGCAUCGCGAGCUGCUUCUGCUUCGUUUCUUCCGAGACCUCUCCGGAGGACGCUGCCGCAGCUCGCGAUGGCGCUCUUCGACUCUACCCGCUAAUUGCUGCUUCCUUGGUGGGCUUCCUCACGAGCAGCGCUGCAGGAGCCAAGAGGCCCCUCCCACUCAAAGCGGCAAGCGCCGCUGCUCUAGCUCUCAGGCAGUGGAUAAGAGCUGCUCUGGGGCCCCUUCUGCCUCAGGGAGACGCCGCAGGAAGUCUGCAGAGGAGACAGGGGAAAGCUGGCGGCUCAUUGGCAGAAGGCGGAGCUUCAGAGAGACUGAAGCCGCUCCUGCGUCUGCUCAAGAGACAGGAGCACUUUUCGGGGGGGGGGGAAGAGGGGGGAAGGGCCCCUGCAGGCACAAGCGGAAAGCUUUCAAGCCCAAGGGGAGGAGCGACGCAACGGACGCCAACACACAGAAAAAGCGAAGACGGGGAGGCAUCUUCUGUGGAGGAAGAAGAGGCGGAGUCUGAGCCUGAGGAGGUUACGCCACACACGGCUCUCCAGAUGCUCACAGCUCCAGUGGCCCUCUCAACUCGCUGGAAAGCAGAAGAAGAAACGGCGUCUCGAAUACAGGUGCUCACACGCAAACACGCGCGAGUUUCCUAA